UGUGGGGCCCAGGAAGACCCAGAAAAUCUGCGAGAACAAUGGACAUCCGUGUGCACGGUCCGGGGCGGGAGACAGUGCCUGGCGUCGGUGGUGCGGGGUGCAGGUGGGGCGGACAAGCCGGCUGCCAGCACGGGCCACGGCUUGGGCGCGAGCCCUGGACCCAGCCGGCCGGCGCGCGUGUGGUCAGCCCCGCGGUCCUCCCGCGGUCCUCCCGCGGUCCCGCGCGGCCCGGCGGGGUUCGGCCUCCGGCUCAUUCAGAGGCGGUUCUCACUUCUCAUUGGCUGCUGCCUCUGCGGUAGGGCGGGGCUCCGCUGCCCGGAAAAAAAUGUAACUGCGUAAAAAAGUCUUCGCCUGGGUGUCGGAUGCUCAAAAGUUCAGAAGUUUUCCAAUGCUUCCUUAAGCGGCCGCGCGCGAGAGACUGAAAAAAAAAAGGUGACGCGGGGCCGGGGAAGGCGGCCGGCGCGCGGCCCCCCGCCCUGGUGAUUUGGCCGCCUUCGCCCGCGGCUCGAGGCAGCCUCCUGGAAGGCGUAGGUAGUGUAGCAAGAAGAGCGCCUUCUUGUUUUUAGUUUUGGCUUUUUUUUUUUUGGCCGUUCUUGCUUGGAAGUGGCUCCGCGAAUUUCUUCAAGGCCGGUCGUUGCGUCCUGGCCCGGCCCUCUCCCGUAGCACCGAUUCCCCUUCGCGGCCAGCGCGGGCCCUGAAGUGGCCGGAGGCGCACGGGGAGCCCGAGCGAGCGAAGGGGAGGCCGCGAGCAGCUGGCGGCUCCGCGAGGCCCGGACUCGGACCAGGCGGCCGGCGCGGCGCGGCCGACCGGAGCGAGGGUGGGGGGCGGCGGGCGGCGCGGGGCGGCGGCGAGCGGGGGCCAUGCAGGCGCGCUACUCCGUGUCCAGCCCCAACUCCCUGGGAGUGGUGCCCUACCUCGGCGGCGAGCAGAGCUACUACCGCGCGGCGGCGGCGGCGGCCGGGGGCGGCUACACCGCCAUGCCGGCCCCCAUGAGCGUGUACUCCCACCCCGCGCACGCGGAGCAGUAUCCCGGCGGCAUGGCCCGCGCCUACGGGCCCUACACGCCGCAGCCGCAGCCCAAGGACAUGGUGAAGCCGCCCUACAGCUACAUCGCUCUCAUUACCAUGGCCAUCCAGAACGCCCCCGACAAGAAGAUCACCCUCAAUGGCAUCUACCAGUUCAUCAUGGACCGCUUCCCCUUCUAUCGGGACAAUAAGCAGGGCUGGCAGAACAGCAUCCGCCACAACCUCUCGCUCAACGAGUGCUUCGUCAAGGUGCCCCGCGACGACAAGAAGCCGGGCAAGGGCAGCUACUGGACGCUGGACCCGGACUCGUACAACAUGUUCGAGAACGGUAGCUUCCUGCGGCGGCGGCGGCGCUUCAAGAAGAAGGACGCCGUGAAGGACAAGGAAGAGAAGGACCGGCUGCACCUCAAGGAGCCGCCGCCCGGCCGCCAGCCUCCGCCUGCGCCGCCGGAGCCGACCGACGGCGCCGCGCCCGGACCGCAGCCGCCGCCGGUGCGUAUCCAGGACAUCAAAACCGAGAACGGUACGUGCCCCUCGCCGCCCCAGCCCCUGUCCCCGGCCGCCGCCCUGGGCAGCGGCAACGCCGCUGCGGUGCCCAAAAUCGAGAGCCCCGACAGCAGCAGCAGCAGCCUGUCGAGCGGGAGCAGCCCCCCGGGCAGCCUGCCGUCCGCGCGGCCGCUGAGCCUGGACGGCGCCGAGUCCGCCCCGCCGCCACCGCCCGCGCAGCCGGCGCCGCAGCCGCACCACAGCCAGGGGUUCAGCGUGGACAACAUCAUGACGUCUCUGCGGGGGUCGCCUCAGGGCGCGGCGGCGGAGCUCGGCUCCGGCCUCCUAGCCUCCGCGGCUGGGUCCUCGCGCCCCGGCAUCGCACCCCCGCUGGCGCUGGGCGCCUACUCGCCCGGCCAGAGCUCCCUCUACAGCUCCCCCUGCAGCCAGGGCUCCAGCGCCGGCAGCUCCGGAGGGGGCGGCGGCGGCGGCGGGGGCAGCAGCACCGGGAGCGCCGGGACCUACCACUGCAACCUGCAGGCCAUGAGCUUGUACGCGGCCGGGGAACGCGGUGGCCACUUGCAGGGCGCGCCCGGGGGAGCUGGCGGCGCAGCCGUGGACGACCCCCUACCCGACUACUCUAUGCCCCCGGUCACCAGCAGCAGCUCUUCCUCCCUGAGUCACGGCAGCGGCCAGGAGGCCGGCCACCACCCUGCAGCCCACCAAGGUCGCCUCACCUCGUGGUACCUGAACCAAGCGAGCGGAGACCUGGGCCAUCUGGCCAGUGCGGCUGCGGCUGCGGCUGCGGCGGGCUACCCCAGCCAGCAGCAGAACUUCCACUCGGUGCGGGAGAUGUUCGAGUCACAGAGGAUCGGCUUGAACAACUCUCCGGUGAACGGGAAUAGUAGCUGUCAGAUGGCCUUCCCUUCCAGCCAGUCUCUCUAUCGCACGUCCGGGGCUUUCGUGUAUGACUGUAGCAAGUUUUGACACCCCCGCCACCUCAAAGCCGAACUGAAUCGAACCGUAGAAUAGGAACAGCCUAAAGAACCAUCAACGCAAAAUCGAAACAAAAAAUCCGGUUUUUAAGAUCUUGAAAAACAUUCUCCAAACCAGCGAACAGAAAGAAUCCCUCCAGAAAUUCAAUUCACCAGCACAAAAACAAGAAACACUAUUUUUUAAAGAUUAAUUCAGAGCCACUUCCACUUUGCCUUAUCUAAAUAAACAAAACCUUAGACCAUUUUACAAAGACAGCAAAAUCAUGGUUUAUUAAAGGACAGUGUUACCGCAGAUAACACGUAAGUUUCUUCUUGCUUUUCAGAGAGCACGCUUUCCUCUUCCUUCUCUCCUGUUCCCUUGCCCUUUUCCUUCCUUCACCUCUCACCUGUAAAAUGUUAUUUUAUCCUAUGUUGAAAGGAGGGGGAAGUCCCCGUGUGUGGAAAUCGCUUUCUUUUUAUUCAUGGACUUGUUUUAAAAUGUAAAUUUCAACAUAGUAAUUUAUUUUUAAUUUGUAGUUGGAUGUCGUGGACCAAACGCCAGAAAGUGUUUCCAAAAUCUGACGUUAAAUUACCCGAAACUUACAUUGUGCCUUUUUUUCAUUAUAAAAGGGAAACUGUAUUAAUCUUAUUCUAUCAUCUUUUUCUUUUUGUUGAACAUAUUCAGUGUUUGUUUGUUAAUAAAUUACCAUUCAGUUUGAAUGAUGCCUAUAUGUCUGGAUACUUUAAUGCAGUCUUAAUUAUUAUUAAAAAUUUCAGAUUAAAAAUUUCAGGUUAAAACAGAACAAAUGACUUAUUCUCCUUCUGAAUCUCUGAAAAAUGGAGAACCCUCUAUUUCCUGUCAAAUUUAAUGUAAAAGCCUUUUUUUUGGUUUAGUUUUUUCCCUGCAGCAUCUCCUGCAAAAUGUACUAUAUAGUCAGCUUGCUUCGUGACUAGUAAAAACAUAUUUUCCUAAACAGAUCUGCGUUGGCAUAUACAUAAGUACAUUUUCUCAGUACUGACAGAGCACAAUUUGGAAGUUGUUAGCCCGUGAACCCGUAUCGCAGUGACACCCGUGUACAGAGGGAGGGGCAUGUGCCUCCAGGUACACACAGAGGUACUCGGCCUGUGUAGCACAUAAAAAAAAUUGGGAUGUGUUAUACAUCCUUGUGAACAAAAUGCUGGAUAGAUGGUUUUCCUAUUUUUUCACUGCUUUAUGAAAAAGGAAAUAUAAACCAUGCAAAUGUAUAUAAUUCAUUCACAUUUACAAUCCAUCUUGUGUUACUUAGAAGGAUUGAAUUUUCUAAAAAAUGUACUGUGGGAUGGAAAGGGAAGUUUAACCUUUGGAAAACUUAGAAGAUAUGUGUGUAGAACGAUUAUUUCUGAAAAAGAUUUAAAGCUAAAAGAAGGAAGGAGGGAAGCGAACAUUUUAGUCUAGGGUGGUUUCUUUCCAAUCCAAUUUUUCUUGCUAAUUUACAGUUAAACCUAGGGGGCAAUUGGAUUGGCCCUCCCCCUUUGUAAAUAACCCAGGAAAUGUAAUAAAUUCAUUAUCUUAGAGUGAUCAGCCCUGUCAAUCAGACUUUGGGGAGAUGGCAAUUUGAUUACAGACAUUCAGGGCCUUUUAGUUUGUUUUCAAGAUAAUACAGUUUCCUGCUAUCUGCCGCUCCUAUCUAGAGGCAACACUUAGCAGUAAUUGCUGUUGCUUGUUGUCAAAAGUUGAUCAUUGUUAAUGGAUUGCUGCAAAUAAAUACACUCUAA